AUGAGAUUGCCUUCGAAAUCACUUGCGCAAAAAAUCGGCGCUGCAGAUACAUGUAUAACAAACGAAGGGAUGGACCAAGUUAUUUCGAACCAUACUUGGCUUGUCCAUUUGCUUUCAUCCCUACGCUUGCCGCUCAGUCAUUCUUCCAUUGAAUCGUAUCAGAUCGAUGCUUCACGGUUUUUGCGACAAAGCCCGGAAGCCCACAAACGUCUAGUGGGCGAUCCGGAAAGCAUUUUUGUUAUCAUCAGGAGGUUUUCAGCAGAUCUUCAGGACCAAGUAAAGUUUAAAAUUUCUUGUGAUAACAUUUCCAAAGAUGGGGGUGGCUUCAAACGGAGUCUUCGUUCGAGUCUUUGCCCAGAGGCGGAUGAACUGACCCAUUGGCAUAUUGAAGUCCGAAUUAACGAGAAGUGGUCUUCAGACGUACUUUUUCUCUAUGGACUACCCGCUUCGUGCUACGUGACGUCUUUUAGCUACUGUAUGGUCCGAGGCUCGAAUACAUACGAGGCUGUAUUUCGAUGGAUGGAAAGUCUUUCAAAUUGUACUAUUGACCGAAAGCCUUGGCAACCAACGUCCGCGGAAAUGGUAAUGGCGGUGGCAUCAUGGACGCGACAAAUAUACGAAAAACAUCAUCCUUCUGCGACCAAGCUCUUGAGUGGUGCAAGAAAGCCGUUGGCGUUAACAUUUGCAACUCCUCCAGAUAUUAAGGCUUUGGAAACCCUCUCAAUAUCUAUACCACCCAUCGCUCUGUUCCAGCUCUACGAAUCCAUCGAAAGGAACAGUCCAGAGACGGGUGUCUCCCCUCCCCUUUAUAAGGCUCUAACAUUCUUUAUGAAGGAGUCGUUCGGGAUUAAUGUACAGUCCUUUCCUGUUGUCAAAGCUUCCUGUGGAGCUGGCUCUCUUGGAAACGACGGACGCUGCAAAAUUGCAGAGCAAUCUUACAUCUACCACUUCUUGAGUGACAUUCGUGAUAUCAUUCGGAAAAAGCAUCUGAAGCCUCCAAUACAUACAGAAUUUGAAAGUGAAGAUGAGCUACUCGUUGGGUGA